UAACUUUGGUUUCUCUCUAUCUCUAUCUCUAUUAUAUAAACAGACACAACAGUCUUCCACUCACCAAACACACUUAGCUCCAUUACCAGAUCUGAAUCUCUAGGCUUUUUCUCGAAAUCCUUCAGAUCAUCAUCACCAUCCAUGGCUUCCUCUGAUUUCGAUGGAAUCCUCUUGGGAAUGGGCAACCCACUCCUCGACGUCUCUGCCGUCGUCGACCAAGAUUUUCUCAACAAAUACGACAUCACAUUGAACAAUGCGAUUCUCGCAGAGGACAAGCAUUUGCCCAUGUACGAUGAGAUGAGCCAGAAGUUCAAUGUUGAAUACAUUGCUGGAGGUGCUACCCAGAACUCAAUCAAAGUGGCCCAGUGGAUGCUUCAAACUCCUGGGGCAACCAGUUACAUGGGAUCCAUUGGAAAGGACAAAUACGGAGAGGCCAUGAAGAAGGAUGCUACUGCAGCUGGUGUCAAUGUCCACUAUUACGAAGAUGAGUCAACACCUACCGGAACUUGCGGUGUCUGUGUUCUUGGUGGAGAAAGGUCGCUCAUUGCAAAUCUUUCUGCUGCAAACUGCUACAAGGUUGAACACCUGAAGAAGCCUGAGAACUGGGCUCUGGUUGAGAAGGCCAAGUUCUACUACAUUGCUGGAUUCUUCCUCACGGUAUCACCAGAAUCCAUUCAGUUGGUACGUGAACAUGCCGCUGCUAACAACAAGGUUUUCACAAUGAACCUUUCUGCUCCAUUCAUCUGUGAAUUCUUCAAAGAUGUUCAAGAGAAGUGCCUGCCGUACAUGGACUAUAUUUUUGGCAAUGAGACCGAGGCAAGAACAUUCUCCAGGGUUCACGGCUGGGAGACAGAUGAUGUUGAGCAAAUAGCCAUCAAGAUGUCCCAGUUGCCCAAAGCCAGCGGAACAUACAAGAGGACUACUGUGAUUACACAAGGUGCAGAUCCCGUGGUUGUCGCCGAGGAUGGAAAGGUGAAGAAGUACCCAGUCAUCCCUCUCCCCAAGGAGAAGCUUGUUGACACCAACGGUGCAGGUGAUGCGUUUGUGGGAGGGUUUCUUUCGCAGCUGGUGCACGGAAAAGGGAUUGAAGAGUGUGUGAGGGCCGGAUGCUACGCCUCAAACGUAGUGAUCCAGAGGUCUGGCUGCACUUACCCUGAGAAGCCAGACUUCAACUAAAACUAAAAAAAGUUCUCCAAAUCAUCUUUUUAGUUUUAUAUCGGAAUGAGAUUUUGGUGAUUUAUAUACUACCCAAAUAAACAGUAUUGUUGUUUGCUUGUAUCACCUUUUGAGGAUUUGAGCUAUUGAGUGUGUUUUUGGCUUGAUUUUGUUAAUUACCCUCUUUUAUCAGUACUCUAUUAUUUAAUAAAUAUUAUUACCAGGCCUAA